CGUGAGUAUUCGCCAAAAUUACACCGUUUAUCACCGUAAGAAGCUUCUCCUUUUUUCUAAUAUUAGUAACUCUUGUGGACACUUGGAGAAAUGUUGGAUGUAUAGAUUCCAGUGUUUUUCAAUUUUUUUAAAUUAAUUAUCAGAGAAAUGUUAUGAUUGAUGGCAUUAUAACUGAGUUAUACAGCACAUAAGACAUGUUUGAGUUCGCUCUACUUCUAAACACGAUUGUGCUGUUUCCAUAGGCCACAGAGAGAACUAUGUGACAGGAGCGAAAAACGGCCCGAAACUGCUUUUGGGGUUCAGAGGGUUAACCGUAUGACAGGCAAAAUGAGACACAAGAAUCCAGUUAAUUUGGGAUUUCUUGUGGACAACAGGUGGUAGGGCAGAUGAGGCUGGCACAGCCAAUGCUGAUUUUAUAUACUGAGUCCAGAAAUGGUUUGCCAGAACUUAACUGUGGUGCCAUCUUCGCUUGGAUAGGAGGUCCUGUGGCCCAGCGACUGGGAGCUACUAGCUUGAGCAGCCUGUUGCCUCUGGAAAGCUCAUCCGCUGAGUUCAAGGCAGAUGAAACAUACUUCCAAUCCACAGUUAGUAAGCUGCAAGAUCUGUGUUAUCCGGAUAGUGACAAAGAUUUUGCAGUUUGCAGCAGUUCGGGCAGCUGGGCUCCGGUAAGGGCAGCACAUACACUCAAGGCAAGGUACUAUGGGCUGGCAUUUUGGGUUCUAGUCUAAAGCGGGCCAUAACAAAGGCCUGGUUAGACUGUCGUGCUCAGUCACCUUACUCAAAUAAGCUGUGUGCCUUUUCUGAUGGUUAGUAGCAGCAUGGGAUUCUAAUCUUAUCCAGGUCGGGGAGCUACUCUUCCAAGGGUUAGGGUUGGGGUUUCCAGGCUGACUUAAUGUUUGAAUGAAGGAUUGGGGCCGUCCCCCUUCUGCUCCCUCAUCCACCAGAACUUUCAACAAGGGUCAUGAAAGGGUUGAGUAAAUCCAUUGGAUCAUGUCAGCUGGUUUGGACUUUGUAUACAUUCUUGAGAGUCGGGGAAGAAUACUUUACUGAUCUUUUAGCCAAAGCUCUGAGGAGGCAGACCGUCCGUCUGGGGGCAGAUGUUGAUCAACCAUAGGACUGUUGCUAACCCAAUGUCAGAUCUCAAACCCACCUUUGGCCAGAAGGGAGCAUAUGCUGUAUGAGAUUCUUCGCCUCAUUAGCAGAGGGAAGGCUAUAUACACAAUUGACCACACAGAAGGAUUGAAGGACGGACUGAUAAAUGUUCUCGUUACUUGGCUGUAAACUUUUCAAAUGGAGCUGUAAGUUAUAUAUGGCACUUCAAGGACUGCGAGUGGUACCAAAGAGAAAGAUCUGCCACUCAUAGACGCUAGCCGGUUCAGUCUGCCUUCCGGAUCAGCUCCCUCUUUACCACAGCGGUUCAGUACAGCGCUUGCAUUGCUGCUGAAUCCGAACUGAACCGCCUGUCCAUUUUCGCUCCAUUUUACCCUCAUUUGCGAACAAGACCCAGAGAUACUUGAACUCCGUUGAUUGUGGCAGUGACUCACCCCCAACCCAGAGGGUGAAAUCCAUUGUUUUCCAGCAGAGUACCACGACCGUAGACGUGAAGUUGUGUACGUUAAAAUAUGAAUAAACACAAUAAAUAUUGAUCAGUAUUCAUAUGACCACAGAGCUCCAUGCUAUACAGGCAGAUACAUGGAGAUUGCAAAGGCCCACAGUGCUCUGAGGUAUCUGCAGUUUUGGGUGAAAAUAACGUAGUCCUUGGUGAAAGACUAGAUUUAUUACAGCAUGACGGUAAAAUGUAAAGUGUAAAGUGUAAAGUUUGACUGCAUAGUUUCCCCGUUGACAGCAGUCGUUAUGAUUCAAUGCAAGGUGAGUUCAGGAGCAUUACAAAACCUCAGAAUUUCUAGCUCCCUUUGAUACCAAGCACGAUAUUGUAGACUAAUAAGAAAAUGGUUCUGUAGGUUUUCAUCACAACUUAAUCUUAUAUUUACAAAGUUUGUAUUUGUAUGACUUUAUUGUUAAAAUACUUCAUAACAAGACAUAGUUUGGACCACAAACAAUACAGAUGGUUAACGGAUUUGAAAACUGAAGACAUGUUCUCAAUAAUGUUUUGUAAAUGGACUAUUAGGAAAUAGUGAUGCAAAAAAAUAGUGAUGCUUCUUAAUUUCGUUUUAGGUCAUGGGUACAGGGGUCUGCCUUUCCCAGGAGGUUGAGAGCACUUUACAACUUAAUGGAGGACUUGUCACCCCUUGUGCUGGGGGGGUUAAAACGAUCAUGCUCGUGAGAAGGAGGGUUAUUGUGGGCUGGAGAAGCAUGGGUAGAGGAAGGGGUGUUUUCAAGCCCCAGACCCCCUUUAGAAAACAUCUUUACUGGAGCAGGGUCCGACAGUCUGCUCCCUGCCAUCCCAGGUGUUGGUUUUCCCGUGCCUCUCUUCCCUCCAGCAGGCCCUGGACCACCGACAGCCUGCUGUUGGUUCCCAGGAGGGGCCGGCGGAGCAGUGGACUAAGCUUUGCUCCUGGCCAAAGGACGUGACUCUGCUACCGGUCUUUGCUCUCUGACUGUUGUACUGUUAACCAUUAGGUCGUGAGAUUACUAUUACUCGUGCAUUAAUGCAAAAUAAGAAUUUGACAGUUGUUGGUGGAGCUCAUUUUGAUCUUUUAACUAAUGAAUAAGUGUUAACAUUAAACUACAGUUUUUCUAAAGCGUCUGUAUGUUUUUCAUUUUGUCUCCACAGAUGUCCCGCAACUGCUGAUGAGAAGAGAGGUGGUUCCCCCUGAGCAGCAGGAGUGGAGCUCCAGUCUGGACCAGGAGGACCCAGAGCCCCCCCACAUUAAAGAGGAACAGGAGGAACUCUGGACCAGUCAGGAGGGAGAGCAGCUUCAAUGGCUGGAGGAGGCUGAUAUCAAUUUCCCAUUCACUCCUGUCCCUGUGAAGAGUGAAGAUGAUGAAGAGGAAGCUCAGUCCUCACAGCUUCAUCAAAGACAAACUGGGGAAACCAGAGAAGCUGAUCAUUUUAAAACGGAGUCUUAUGGGGAGGACUGUGGAGGAUCAGAACCUGCCAGGAAAUCAGAUCCAGAUAGUCCUUUACAACCGGCUGCCCAUGAAACUUUAAACUAUUCUGAACCUGAGACUGACGACAGUAGAGAUUGGGAGGAGUCUAAGGAACCUCAGUCAGAAGUACCUGUAAGUGAUAUGGACUGUAAUACUGGAAAUACAUCAUUCAGCUCCUCUGAAUGUGCUGGAAGCUUUAACAAGAGACAUCUGAAGAAACACACCAAGUCCAAAACAGGAGUGAAACUAUUUCUUUGUUCAGUUUGUGGCAAAAGAUUUGCUCGACAAAGUGUUCUGAGACGACACUUGACUGUCCACACAGGGGAGAAACCGUUUAGUUGCUCAGUUUGUAGUAAAAGAUUUGCACAUGAUUUUAAUCUGAGAACACAUUUGACUGUUCAUUCUGGGGAGAAACCAUUUAGUUGUUCAGUUUGUAGUAAAACGUUCAAACUAAAGCAAAAUCUGAGACGACACUUGGCUACUCACACAGGGGAGAAACUAUUUAAUUGUUUAGUCUGUGGUAAAAAAUUUGCACAAAAGGGACAUUUGAGACGACACUUAACUGUCCACACGGGGGAGAAACCAUUUAGUUGUUCAUAUUGUAGUAAAAAGUUCACACAGAAGGGAGAUCUGGAACGACACUUGACUGUCCACACAGGGGAGAAACCACUUAGUUGUACAGUUUGCGACAAAAGAUUCACUCGGCUCUGUUAUGUAAAAAAUCACAAGUGUGUCGGUUAGAGCAGCAGAAAUGAACGAGGCUGAAGGAAAAACUCAACAGAUCGGCUCAAAUCUGUCAGGCUGAUACCGACUCCAAAAUAAGCUUCUUUUUUUUCAGCUAAGAUAACGCUACACAACAAUUUAGAUUAUGUUAUUUGUCUCUGCAGUAUUUUGUAACUAUGCAUGUGUCAUGUAUGUAUUGAUUAAAACAAUUAUUUAACAAUAUCAAGUUAUUCUUCAAGCUUUUGGAGCGUUAUCUAUGAUAAAUACACUGAAUAGAGUGAGGAUCUCUCAGGUGUGUCUGACUACUCACUGGUCUGGUGAAAGGGAACCGAUCAAAGGAACCGGGUGUGGAGGUCUCUGGUUAACUUGGAUGAAGUUCUCCACUUAAAUGACAUCUAUAGUUAUACUGGACAUUUUUCAUAUCAAGAUUUUACCUUAAAAACAUAGUGUGUUACAUUUAAUCACAAUAAAUGUUUAAUGAUUAAACCAGUGGCUCCAAGUCUUGUUAUCACUAAGACAGUUGAGCAUAUGAUGCAGGAAAUGUACACACUGUUAGAUCUGGGAGUUUCAACCCCCGAUACAGGGCUAACAAGUAAACCAGCUCUCUCUUAAAAGGUUACUAAGCUGGUGGUCGAGGAAAGUCGCCUGGCUCGCUCGCUCACGUCCCUCCUGACGUCUACCCUGCUUCCUCCGGUAACUGCACUCGGCCUCUUGGGAGCAUUGGGCUGCUGAGAAGUGCCCGGGGAGCAGCAGUUAGGGGUUCAGUGUCUUGCUCAGGUACAAGUCGGCAUAAAAUAUGUAGCAACUAAGGAUCGAACUGCUGAUCUUGCUGUUACCAGACAACCCUCUCUACUCAUUGAGCCACAGUCUAAUGUACUUGUGGUGGUUUGUGACUGUGCUUAGGUUACUAGGGACAACAUGUAACACGUAACAUGUGAACAUUUUAUUCAUUUUUAUUUAA